GUGCUCUUCGCGGCACCCGUACCAAACACCGAACCCUUUUGGCGCGCCAGUGCUAGACGAGUGUUGCAUAGAAGUGGCAGACCUCGUGUCCAUAGAGCACUGUAUCGGUUCAAGUGUUUUCUCAAUAAAUAGAUACGGUCAUCCCAAAGAGGCCGUAAACUUUUGAAAAUUGGGAAGGUGGCACCCUCGGAUUCAAAAAGGACAAUAAUGGGCAAGAAGCAGAAUACCAAGGGAAAGAAGGAGGUACAAGAUGAGCCUGAAGAAUUUGUUGUGGAGAAGGUGCUUGACCAACGUAUUGUCAAUGGCAAAGUAGAGUUCUUUCUGAAGUGGAAAGGAUUUACAGAAGCAGACAAUACCUGGGAACCAGAGGAGAAUCUAGAUUGCCCAGAACUGAUAUCAGCUUUUUUAGAGUCUCAGAAAAAUGUGACGGAGAAGCCUUCUCCUGUCAAACGGAAGGCCUCAACUGAUGAGCCAGAAACGGAUGCCAAAAAGAAGAAUGUGGCUGAGAAGCCCAGAGGUUUCGAUAGGAAUCUGGAACCAGAGAGGAUCAUCGGCGCAACAGACAGCAGUGGCGAGUUGAUGUUUCUGAUGAAGUGGAAAGAUUCAGACGAAGCUGAUUUAGUCCCAGCUCGUGAGGCCAACACUCGCUGCCCCCAGGUGGUUAUUUCCUUCUAUGAGGAGCGAUUGACAUGGCAUUCUUGUCCAGAGGAGGAAGCUCAGUAGUGCUGCUUUCUGUCCUCGCUGUCCCUGCCAAUAUCCACUUACACCCUUGUUUUUACUUUUAGAACGGACGUAUUAAAACUUCUGGCCCGCCUGUUUAGUUUAUCUUAGUAUUUUUGUCAUUAUUUGCGUAUUUUUUUCAACUGCAUUGUCAAGGGGGCACCUACGCUGAUGUAUAUAAUUUUGAAGGACAGUUGGUGUGUGUGCGCACGUGUUUUUGUGUUGGGCUGGGGAGGGGGUUUAUGUCAGCAUGGGGCUAUAUUUCUGUUCAUAUGGUGGUCAAUUCUUUUGAUGGCAUUUUAACAGUUUGGAAAAUAUUCCAUAGGUUGACAUAAAUUUCAGUUUUUUUUUUUUUGUUUUCACCCAUUAUGGUUUCUGUUAGUUAUAAAUUGCUGUGCUUGUUGACUGUUUUAACCCUGAAGCAACUGUUAUUGGCCAGAAGUGUUUUUCAUAAAAAAUUUCUUAUUCUGAUUGUUGGAUAUUUCAGUUUUUCUAUCCCUUUGCAUAUAGUUGUUCAAUAAAGGAUUUAUGUU